GAUAUUCUCAGCGGCGGUGCCGCUUGUACCACGACACAUUGUCCGGAAGACGUUGUCGUCGCGAGCAAAUCGUUGCGUUGAGUGUUCUCCUGCUGACAACCUGUGAACGGCAAACCGAGAUACGUGAUGGCGUUUGCAGCGGUGGUGCUCGGGCACAGCUUAUUACUGGCACUUGUUACAACAGGUGGAGAUGCAACAGAAAUCGCUCACAGGAAGUUCGAGUACAAAUACUCGUUCAAAGGUCCCUAUUUGUCGCAGAAAGAUGGUUCAGUGCCCUUCUGGGAGUACUCAGGCAGUACUAUCGCAUCUGAAGAAAUGGUCCGUAUCACGCCGUCUCUCCGCAGCAAAAAAGGUUCCAUCUGGGCGAAGAACCCCACGAACUUCAAUUGGUGGGAGAUCGAGCUCGUCUUCCGCGUGAACGGUCGUGGCAGACUCGGCGCCGACGGGCUUGCUCUCUGGUUCACUCAGCAGAAAAUGCCCGAAGGAAACACGUUCGGCUCGUCGGACCGGUGGAGCGGUCUCGGCUUGUUCUUCGAUUCGUUCGACAACGACAAUCGCAACAAUAACCCCUACAUUAUGGCAAUGCUCAACGACGGCAGCAAGACAUACGAUCACGAAACCGACGGAAUUUCACAGCAACUUGCGGGAUGUCAGCGAGACUUCCGCAACAAACCCUUCCCGGUCAAAGCGAAGAUCGAGUAUUUCCAGAACGUACUCUCGGUCUUCUUCCACUCGGGAAACACCAACACCGACGACGACUAUGAGCUCUGCUUACGCGCUGAAAACGUAUUUUUGCCCGCGAACGGAUAUUUCGGAGUUUCGGCGGCUACCGGGGGGCUUGCCGACGACCACGACGUGCUCAAGUUCCUCACGACGUCGCUCUACGGUACUGGUCAAGUUCCCCAGCAGCAAGCCAUGAUCGCCGAUUUGGAGAAGGAGAAGUUCACCAAGGAGUACGAAUCUUACAAAGCUAAGCUCGAGCAGCAGAAAGAGGAGUACCGGAAACUGCACCCCGAACAGCAAGCACAAAUCGAUCAGCACGGAGAUCCCGAGCAAGCUUACGAAACUCAGCAGAACCAGGAGCUCAGACAGAUCUUCGAGGGACAAAGUCACAUGUACGAGGGUCUCAAGGCUGUGCACAGAAAACUCGAUGAACUCCUGGGUCGACAGGAAAGGACCUUAAGCAUGGUUGGGAUGAUCCAGCAGGCUGGCGGGAUCCCGCAACCGGCUCACGGAGCAGCGCCGGGAGGUUUCCAGCCCCCGAGCGUUGUCGGAGGCAUACAGAGACACGAAAUCGACUCGAUCCUGAGUUCGCAGAGGGAACUCGUCUCGACGCUCCAAAUUGUCCGUCAAACAGUAGCAGAGCUGAGCCAGAGACCCGGUCAAGCGGGAGGCGCUCAAAUAGACCCUCGGAUGGUCACGGAGAUGCGCGAUACCAUCAACGUCGUCAAGCGCGAUGUAGCCUCCGUUGCAGCGUCCGCCUUGAACCAGGGUGGGGGUACCGGUGGAUGUCCGCAAGUGGCGUGUGUAGGCACCGGAACCUUCAUCAGCUUUACUUGUGUACAACUAGUCCUCAUAAUCGGUUACAUGGUCUACCGCAACAGUAAGGCCGAUGCCGCGAAAAAAUUCUAUUAGGGAGUCGUUGUUGCCAACGUGUGACGAACAACACUUCAAAACCUCACCACAAAAACCUUAUCACGGGGGACUCGGAUGGUUCUGAGGCACGCAUCGGGAACCUCUCGGAGCCUCCCUGAUGCGAGGGAAUAGUCAUUAUCGAACCGGUAUAUUGGAGAUUUUUCGAGCCGAAUCGGUGACCGAAAAGAACAGUUUUGGUGUCGACUGCAAGAGAUCGGCGGCGAGAAUAUAUUUGACUUCGGGGUUUUGCAAUCAAUCUGCGACUACGACAAUGUACGAUUUCGGAGAUAUUCAGAUCUGAUCGGAUACUGGUCCCAUUGGUCAGUUAGAUGGGCGUUGAACGCACACUCCAUUCCAACGAUCUUCUACGACCGGGUCGGCUUGAGACGAUGAAGCUCACGGGUACCAUCCCUCAUUGACUCUGAUGCAUCUGUACCAAUCAAAUGGAGCUGGUCCGGACGCACGACAAACUUAGUCGCAGUACUUAGGCAUACCGAUAGAUCGAGUGGUCGGUGAAAUGUUCUCGCUCCCUCGGGGGACCUUCUCCGAGUCCGGAGCACGAACCGACAGCUUCCUGUCGGCUCGGCCGUCCCCUAUUUCGGAGACCAUGAUCUGAAGAAAAGGCAUUUCAGAGACCGGCCGAAGCGGUCGUUGAGGUACGCAAUCCUAUUAUUAUGUUUUUACCUGCCGUCGGGAAGGUUUCAAUGCACGAGUGAAUUUCGAGAGGGAGGAAUAGUGAAAUUAGAGUGUGGAAUGCGAAAAGUUCAGACAGGAUAGCGGACCGAUCCGAUGGUUUGAGAAAUUUCGGCGUCGCCAACUUUCUAUCCGUCGCAUGUGAUUCGAAUUCGCAGCUCAAUUCGUCCAGAGAAGGUGAAUUUGUCAUUUCGAAGAGACGAAGACUUAUAUACGACGACCAUGAUGAUGAGAUCGAUUCCAUUUACAUGUGUGUGUGCAGGAGGAACUCAGAUAGAGCGAGAAUAUUUAUCAAGUUUUACUAUUUUUUUCUCAAAUAAAUAAGGGAGAAUU